AUGCGGUGCCUGGAGCAGGCGGUGGAGCGGAUGGAGACGCGGGCCCCGGACCCGGAAGUGGAGUCGGUGAGGUCUCUGGAGGCGCGCCCCCGAGGCGCCCUGGACCCGGAGGCGGAGGGAACGAGGUCCCUGGAGCGGCUGGGGGGGCGGCUGGGCAGGCGGGCCCCGCCGGCGGCGCUGCCGCCGCUGCUGCGCUGGGGCAGCACCGCCCGCGAGCCUCGCUUCGUGGAGUCGGGGGAAGCUCCGUGCCGCAGCCAGGCAGCGCGCGGCGCCGGCAGCGACAGCCUCGGCGGCCCCGCGCCUCCAUCGCAGGCCGCGGGGCCCUGCCUGGCGAGCGUGCCGACCCCAGGGGCCCGUGCCGCUCCUGGCGGGCCACCAGAGCCCGCGAGCACUAGCGGGGAGCGCGCCCGCCGGGUCGUGCCGCUGCGGGAGGAGCCUCAGCAGCAGGCGCGGGAGCGCCCCGUUUCCAGGCUGACGCUCUCCUGA